AUGAAUUUUAAUGUCUGGAACAUCAAAGAGAUGCUCAGUAUUCCUUCAGGCCCAGGGACUACUAAGUCAUCUAACUGGAAUAAUAAUCAGACUGAUUAUACUGCUCUCAGUGAUUCUCAGUUCCUCUUUGGAUCUCAGUUUUGUCCAGAAAAUUCAGAGACCCUGUCAGCACCCUUGGAUUUCAGUGCCCACUUGAGACAUUCAAAACAGUCACAACAGAAUUCUCUGGAUAGUGAACCUAGUAUUUUCACAAAGUACCAGACAAAACCCCAGCUCUUUGCAGGAGAUACAAAAGAUAUAGGCCUAUUUUCUCUUCCUUUGCCAGUUGGAAAGUCAAAAGGUCUUUUGACACAGUUUGAGGAGAAAAACAAAAGGACAAAAGAUCAAUGUGACAGUGAGACUCUAUACAACUUUGUUUCCCAGGUCAGAGAAAGCAUUCAUAGGUUGCAGACGUCUGUGGAAAAGUCUGAGGAACAUCUCAGUUCAAGAAGCCAAUCUAUUUUGGAUUCUUUGGAGAAUGUGGCUAAGACAUUGCAAGAUACUGCACGGUCCCAGAGUGACCUGAUAUUUGAGGCAGUGCAAGAGAAAAGCAAUGUGGAGCAAGCUAUUCUUGAGAUACAGAAGAAAUUUGAAACUAGUCAAGCAGAGUUUAUAGAAAUGAAAUCCAACCUGGAGAACCUGGAAGUUUUAGUUGCCCAGCAGAGUAAGGACUUCCAGCAACUGUGUGAACAGCUAGACCAGCUGAAUGUGCCCAGUGUCCUAGCAGAACUGAAGAGAUUGAUCUUGGUGCCUCAGAUACCUGAGCAUGUGAAAGACAACACUUCUCAGACUUCACCAAGUCUGACCCAGAGCCUCAAUUUCACCAGGCAGGAAAAAUAUGCCUCUGAGGAGCUGGUUAUGUGGCAGGCCCAGGCUCACACUGCUGCAGGAAACCCAAGUACAGGCUCCCUAGUGACUAGGGAAUUUGGUAUCAUGGGUGAGGGAGCAAAGGGUGAUGCUCUCCAGAAAGAGGUUGCACUGCCAGCCCUUUGGCCUUGUAAAGGAAAUGAGCAUGUAAAGGACAAGUCAGUACAGACUAAUUGCAAAAAUUGGGCAAUUACUAAAGCAGAUUCCAAGAACCAUGGCUCCAGAAUCCCAGGCCAUAAAGUUCUUGGUGACAGUGACCUGCUUUACCAAGGAAAUUCACAGCUCAUAUCCCUGGAUUUACACAACUUUGCAAUGAGCAUUACGAAUCUCUGCCCAGAAUAUCAAGCAAAAAGCAUAUUCUCUUGUGCCCCUAGUGAACAGUUGGAAACUGAACAGAAAGGCAGGACUGUAGAAAGAGGGAGGAAAUGCAAAAGGCAGCCGACCAGGAAAACCCAGAGAGGCAGGUUUGCAAGGAAGAGAGAACAAACCCCAAGUAAGACCUGUAUUUUCAAUUAUAAAUAUCAGAAUCCCCAGUCUCCAGUUUCUGAUGAACGAAUUCCCCCUACGGAGCAGCAGGAACCCCUUGCUCAGCCUCUGCAUCUGCGGGGUCCCAGAAGCUCCAYAAAAUCAGUCUGCCAUGUUCUGGGAGGAACUGUCAAGUCCAGUAAAAUAGCACCAGCAGUGCAAGAGAGCCUCUCAAAGUUUCCUGAAUGUUCUUCCCAAAACAAAGAUCUGCAUUCCAGUAGCUCCCAGGGGGACCACCAAAUGCGCUGGUUCAGUGACCUCAACCUUGGAAAUUCAGAGUCUCCUCCAUGCAAGGAGACAGGGAAGAAUUUGCUCUAUGACCUGGGUUUUGAUAGCAGUGAUGAUGACUUCUGA